AUGCAGCAUUUUAAGGUAUUGAUACUGCAGAGUUUCGUGAUCGCGGCGGCGGCGUUAAUAAUAAUGUCAUCGGUGGCGGCGGACGAGCCGGUCGCCGAGCCAUCGCUUUACUCGACGGCAUACUUACCACCGAAACCUGUGGUCGUAGUCGGCGGCCCGCUACACUACAACAGCCCGUAUGAUGGUGCCGUGGCCAGCACGUCGACAAGCGUGUUCCGGACACCCGGCCACCCGGGUCAGGUGUCCGCAGUUCACAAAACCGUUGAGACGCCGUACUCGUCCGCUCACAAGGCGGAUGUACGAUACACCAACGACGUGCAACUACCGUAUCAUCACUAUCCGGCCGCUGUCCCCUACGGCUAUGGCCCGACCGCUGUUCCGUACGGCUACGGCCCAACCGCCGUCCCGUAUGGUCAUGGACCGGUCGCCGUCCAGUACGGCCAUGGACCGGCUGCCGUCCCUUACGGCUACGGACAUGCUGCGGCUGUCCCGUACAAUCAUGGACCGGCUGCCGUCCCCUACGGCUACGGACAUGCUGCGGCUGUCCCGUACAAUCAUGGACCGGUCGCUGCCACGUACGGUCAUGGCCCAACCGCCAGUGGAUAUUCAGUCUCACACGCCAGUUUCUCCGGACCGCAUGGAACCCACUACUCGUACAGACGGUGA